AUGGCAACACGCGGACAAAGAAGAAGAUGUGAUGAUCUGUCCCAAGGCUAUUGGGAAUGGGUUUUCGCCGACCGUCGCUCGAAGGUGCUGAUAGGAAACCAAAGAUACUUAAGCAGAUUGUCCGAGGAGGCACGACGGAAUGUGGGAGAGAUGCAGAGACAUUUUGGAAGGGUGAACGGGCCAUGGAAAUUCGAGAGGAUGAUAAGCUACGGUUACUUCGGCUGCGUGGUUCUUGUCAGUAGAACUGAAAGUUUAUUGCGUCCUCCUCGUAGACUAGUCUUGAAGAGAGCUCUAACCAAUCGUGGUGAAGAUGAACUCAGAAAUGAAAUCAUCCAAUAUACAGCAACUCGUGGGUCCGAACAUAUUGUUUCCAUGAUUGGCGCUCGCGAUGAUCCUCCUGCUCCUCUACCUCAUGAAAUCGCGCCCACGCCUAGAGUUUCACGACUCCGGAAGCUGGCUUUGGCAUUAAGGGAUAUUUUCAAUCCAAGCUCCCCUCCUAGAAGAAUUCUCCGAUAUGACGAUCCUCGAAGAAUCGACAGCGACAUGCAGUUAUCUAAAUUGGCAGGCUGGCCUGUUGUGAUACUCGAGUAUCUCGAAAAUGGAACGUUGGGGAGGUUGAUCGAUCGAAUGAUAUUUUACAACGCGUACCUUCCAAACCGCCUACUCUUCUCUAUUUUUCUUUGCUUGGCGAGAUCAUGCGUGGCGCUUGCACACCCUAUAAGAGGUCAAAUAGGGGCUGCGAACCGGUUAGAGACUAUUCCAGAUGAUGGAGAAGAGCCAGGUGAUCUCUUCCACGGAUCUCUUCAUGUCGGAAAUGUCAUGUUCGGAAACCCAGGCGGGUUCAAAGAGCAUGAUCUUAUCCCUCCAGUCAAGCUCAUUGACAUAGGAUCAGCUGAAGAAAGCCGGGAUCUUGGUGGUGGUGUGCGCAGAAACUUGGAAGAAAUUUCAAUAUUAAUGAUGGCUCUCAUAACGAAACAAAAGCAACCACCUGUCGACAAGGUGUCUACGUACCGCAACCAGGCCACUAGAGCGACUGAGAUAUUACCUACUGGAAGGGGGAUUAACUACCCAAUGCUUGACAAUAGACUCAGGGACUUCCUAGCCAGAUGUUUAGCCACAGAUCCACGGGCCCGGCCGGGUUUACGACGAGUGCUCGCCUUUACUGAAGCAGAAAGUAAGAGAGGUCCUGGCACAUUCGAGUUUCACCAAAGGGAAAACGAGACCGAUGAAGCCAUCAAAGAAUUCUUGCAACGCCUGAUUUAUGACGCAGACACGCAAAUACAGGACAUAAACAGAAACCGAUAUGAACAUGCUGACCCAAGGCUACAACGCUAG